AAUUAUUGCUCCAUAUAAGUGCACAGCUGAUUCAUUGCUAAGGCGCUAGCAGCUGAAAUUGAAAAGUUUCUGUCUAAUUUUAAUAAAAGUGAAUUUUGGUUAAUAUUCGCAAUAUUUACAAUUUAAUAUGGACGAAAGUGAUAGUUGUGAAGAAGAUAGUACGUUCUUAUUUGAAAGUGAUCAUUUAGCUUUAUGAGGUAAUGCCGAUUAUACAAAUAUGCUGCGCACAAUAGCCGUGCUGGAGGUGCAAAGAAUGCGCGUGCACAAACAGGUAAUUUUCAAAUAUUUGGAUACAAGUGUGCUUGAAGCAAACGGUAUUUUAUAAUAAUCGCUUUCUUGUAAUUUUUCCUUGGAAUAAAACUGGAAUGAAAAAGAUGAAGUAACUGUGUUGCCACUAAAGUUACGAUAUUUCAAUACGAUCUACAGCCGUCAAUUAUUGCACAAUAUUACUGCACAGCUGAUUCGUUGCUUACGCUUUAGCAGCAGAUUGAAAAUUUAAUAUGGACGAAAGUGAUAGUUGUGAAGAAGAUAGUACGUUCUAUUUUGAAAGUGAUCAUCUAGCCUUGCGAGGUAAUGCCGAUUACACAAAUAUGCUGCGUACAAUAGCCAUGCUGGAGGUGCAAAGAAUGCGCGUGCACAAACAGUUAGAGGAGUUGGAAUUGGCGAGACAACGGUAUUUAAAUGAUCCAGAGUUGCUGCUGCAAAAACUGCGGAAUAAUGAAGAAAUUAUAGCGCCCAAUUAUAUGACCAUUGAAAAGUUGCCCGAAAUUACUACCAAUUUGGACUUGCUACCGCCUGUAGACAUCAAAAUCAAAGAAGAGUCUGAUCCUGAUACAAAACCGGCAACAGUGCGUGGGCGCGUUAUAGACGAGUCUAAGCCCGAGACAUUUAAUCAGUUGUGGUCGUGCGAAGAACAACGUCGCCUCGAAGAAUUGCUUAUCGAAUAUCCGGCUGAAGCGAUUGAAAGUCGUCGUUAUGUGAAAAUUGCCAAAGCUUUGGGCAAUCGUACACCACAACAGGUGUGUAGCCGCGUGCAAAAGUAUUUUCAAAAAUUACACGAUGCUGGUUUGCCCAUACCUGGACGUCGGCCAAAAAAUCGGCGUGGUGGACAAUCGAAAGCGAAACAUUUUUUUCGACCGACCACUUUCUUCCCAGCCUUUAAUGUGCCUGUACAUAUGCCGGAAGAUGACUUUUUAAUGGGUGAUUUACAAACGUCAAGUUCGCCAUUGCCAACAGACACGCGUAAAGUCUUAACGGAAACGCCACUAGAAGAUGCGAUUGCGAACGGUAUUGAGGUGCAAAACGAUGACGACCGUGAACGUAUAAUAAAAAUUUUGACAAUGAUAAAGGAUGAGAAAUUGAAGAUACCUGAAGGAUAUAAUCCAGAUCCAUUGGCGGCCAUGUGUGAAACAUGUCGCGUUAGAGCCAUUUCACGUUUACGUUUUCGUUGCAAUACCUGUUAUAUAUAUUUGAAUCAAUGUUCCGAUUGUAUUGUGACCCAAUUGUUGGCGCACAACUUCGAGCAUCUGUCACAUGAUGUAGUGACCGAGAGUGAUUUGUAGCAGUCACAAAAUUGAGUUGACUGCCCGUACUCCCGAGUUUAAUGUUUAAGCAAUAACCAUUUUCACCAAAAUUAUUACAUACAAAUUUUUUUAUUUAAUUAAAUAAAUUAAUCGUUAUUUAAAUUCGGUUCUAAGUUCACUAAAGGCUGCAAAAAUAUUAAAAUUUCGUUGGUUUCGGUUUAAAAACUAAUUUGAAGAAUAAUAUAGUUACUUUUAAUCAUUUAUGCAGACACCAUAUGUGCAAAGGUGAGGGUUUAAUACCAUUAUUUUUGAUUAAAAUAAAAUGUAUUUUAUUAGUGUCACAUGUUACAUCAACAGCAUCAUUAAAUCCAACCACAGUUUAUUUUUUAUUUAUUUGUAGCUUCAAAAGCCAUAUGAAAUUCUAAGUAUCAACAUUUUUCUUCAAUCCAAUCAAGUAUUGAAGCAGUUGAAAUACACUCAUACAAAACU